UUUCCUCCCUAGUUGCUACUUAAACUGCUAGUAAUAACAAAUCCUUCAGGACAUCAAUAGAGUCGCUGUGUGUUGAAUAAUCGCAGGCUAUCAGGCAGUAGGCUUGCAGCAGCAGCUCCAUUGCCUGUGACAUCACUCCUGAAGCUCAAACCCUUCUCUAAGCUGCCUUCAUUAGUCAGUGUGUUGGUCUGUCUGCUUUCUACAGACCGUCACACGCAAGAGCAGGCUCUUUGCAGAGGGAGGACUCUGGAAAUCAGAAGCACUGGGAGAGACGGAGAGGAAUAAAGAGGAGAGAGAACACGAGCAUCAGAGAACAAAACAGACACGCUUACAAUAUGAAAUUCAUCUUGCCUCAUUACUUGCUGUCUCUUUUCCCUCUUCUGGUUCUCAGCACCAGACAGGGCUAUGAAGAGCUGGAAAGACAGCUUAAAGAAGUCUUUAAGGAAAGAAGCAACAUUCUCCGUCAGCUGUCAAAGACAUCCAAAGAACUUGAAGGCAUUAAAGUAAACCUCCAGUCUUUGAAAAAUGAUGAGGCAUCUGCCAAAAGCGAUGUACAGAAGCUGUUGGAAUUAGGCCAAAAACAAAGGGAAGAAAUGAAAUCGCUCCAGGAGACCUUUCAAAAACAGCUUAAUGAGGCAGCUGAGAAAGCAGAAAAACAGCAGGCUACAAUUAACUUUUUGAAGACUGAAAUGGAGAGGAAGAGCAAAAUGAUCAGGGAUCUCCAAAAUGAGAACAAAAGCCUGAAAAACAAACUCCUGUCUGGAAGCAAGCUUUGUGGUAUUCAUGCAGAAGAGUCAAAAAAGAUCCAAGCGCAACUGAAGGAGCUUCGCUAUGGGAAAAAGGAUUUGAUUUUUAAGGCCCAGCAGCUUACAGACUUGGAGCAAAAACUAGCAAUUGCAAAAGAAGAACUGGAAAAAGCAGCUCUUGACAAAGAGUCACAGCUAAAAGCUCUGAAGGAGACUGUUCAGCUCUGCCUAUCUUCAGUUUUGCACAAUCAACCUCCAACUACAAAUAUAAUCACUUCAAGACCGAAUGAGAGACAGACAUCCCCAGUUACGAACGGUUCCAAAGUUCCAUUUCCAGUGACAAACACCAAGCAAAGAGCUCCUGUAGACAAAGAGACUCUUCAGAUUUCCUCAAGAAAAGAAGAUAAUAAUCAAAGCACCUGGGAAUGCAAUUCUCAAGAUGUUGGCAAGAUUUGUUUAGGAAACCGAAACAAUUCAACCACUUCUCAGUUAAAGGUGGCAGAAACAGACCCAAACUUGCAGAAGUCAUACAGUCCUCCAUGGAGUAAAGCUGAAAUCAAAAAAUCAGCAGAGAGAAAAGAAAACAAUCCCGAAGAAUUGGUUAAAAUCAAGGAAAAGACUCUGUAAACAUCAUCCAGCUAUCUUUAAAAUGUUCUUCAUUUGCUAUCGUCUUCAUCUUUUUAGUCCAGAGGCAUGAAACGUACCAGGUUUCUAAAGCAUGCAAUUUUUUCACUAUUUUAUGGAUGUUUGUAAAUUAGUUUAGAAAUUUCUGAAAUAGAUUGAUUAGUAUCUUUCAGCAAUAAUCCAACAGAAAUGGAUGUUUGGAGGAAAAAAUGCUUUGUAAUACAGUCCAGUUUUUUGAAAUAUUAUUCUGCCCUGAUCUGUAACUUGCUUAUUAUAAAUCACUCUGUUUUGUAAAGAAAUGCUAUUAAGAAUUUUUAUUUUAUUAACCAAUCUUGCUUCAUAUGUAUCAUUAUUGUAUCCUAAGAUCAAGACUGAUAGACACGUGAUUCUAUACAUGCACACAUACACAUAAACACAAUCAAUCAAAAAGAAAAAUGCAACUACCAUGGCUGAAACUUUGAUUAUCACAUUCUUCUAAUGGUCCAGAAUCACUAUAUAAUCUCCAUAAGGCUGCAAAUACAAAUCAGUCUAAUGGUACUCCCUCUUAUCCAGAUAUCUGGUUAGCUGAAGGUUCUGGGCAUCCUCCAACCUAUUCAGAUCAAGUAGGUUCUAUAACACAUCAUUACAGGAUGCAAUGCAGCAAAAGUUACUCCCAACUAAGGCCUGUUGAGUUCAAUGGGAAGUAUGUUAAUCACACCUAAAUACAACUGACAUCCUCUCUGUUAGAGAUGUGUAAAAUGUUUCAAGUUUGAAACAUUGCAAGCUCGGAACAGGCCGUUUCAAGUGUUUUAAUCCCAAAACAGAAUGCCCUUCAAAUAAAGGAUCUGUUUUGAGCCUGAAAAAACAACAACCCCACUUUGACUUGAAACAUUUAGAUUGCUCUGAACACCAUUGGGGGGGGGUUUCUGGGGAGAGCUGGUCUACCGAUAGGGGUCAGCGAGUAGACCAGGCCUCCUUUCCAGAAUUAACAUGUCAAACCACCUUAGAGGACUGGUCUACCUGCCUUUGAGGUGGGUAGGCCAGGUCUUUGCCCCAGAUUUAACGUGUUGGCCCACCUGUGAGGCAGGCUGAUCCUCUAUGUCUGGAGUGGAGGCCUGGUCUACCUGCUGACCCCAAUAGAUAGACCAGCUCUCCCUGGAAAAACAGCCCACCAAAAUUAAGUACAAAAUAUUUGAAAUGUUUCGAGCUCAUUUUGUCCAAACAACUGGCUCAACCAGUUGUUCCAAUGAAUUGUUUCAGGGAUUUGUGUUUCAUUUCGAGCUCGAAACGAAAAGCAAAAUCCAUUCUGUGCACAUCCCUACUUUCAAUUCAGACUGAGGCCUAGUUCUCACUAACAGCAGGUUAUGGUAUAAACUAUUUGUCAACUGCACCACUGCAAAUGGGAGCUCAUGUGAUUGAAUGUUUCUCCAUACCAAAAAGAAAUUGAACAAAAAACCUCCACGAAACCUGAUGUUGCGGGGAAGGAUUCUAAACUAGACUUUUCCCUAUUAUGCUUGUCUUCUGUGUGCAAAGAUUUUUUUUUUUAAAUGGAAGAUAUUCAACUACAUGAGCUGUUACUGGGAUUCUGUACAGCCUAGAAACAGGUUUGCCAUGUGUUUUGCAUAUUUUUGUGAGAUAUCCAACUAACUUUUGCUGAAUUGUAUUCACAGCGUACAGCUACAAGACUGAUUAUGAAUGCAUCACAUUUAACAACCUUGUUUACUGUCUGAUGUUCAUCUUGUAUCUGCUUCUCCCAAAUAAAAAAAGACGCUCUUUC